UGAAAGUCUGGUUAAGUGCAGCUUUGGCUAGCAGACAUAUUGCACACGCAAAAUCAAGUUCUACAGCUAUCUAAGACAAGCAAGCAAAUUCAAGUGCUACAGCUGUCUCUGUGUAUGUCACCUGUUUAAAUAUGAAAUAAAAUUUAAAAAAAUAAAUUCAAUGUAUUGAGAAAGCAAGCAAUUCUCUCAAGGUACAUUUCUGAUAUACUAAGAUUUUAGGACUUUCCCAAAUAUGCUGUACUGAGAAAAAAUGUUACAUAACACUGAGAACCAGUACAAGUAAAUAUUACAGGUAAGUGGUCAUUUCCUACACAAGCUCAAUCAGAGGAGGAUGAAGCUCUUUUUGGAAGAAGAAAACGCCCUUAUUAAGAAUUGCAGCAAAUAAGCAAACAAGGUCCUUCAGGAUGACUUUCUUAUAUCAAAUGGUACAUUUCAUUUUAUUUACUUCAGUUUCUGGUGAAUGUGUGACUAAAUUGUUUAAGGACACCUACUUUGAAGGAGGGGACAUUGCUACAGUUUUCACACCAAGUGCCAAGUACUGCCAGGUAAUCUGCACUUAUCACCCAAGAUGCUUACUCUUCACUUUCACGGAGGAAUCACCGUCUGAGGAUCCUACCCAAUGGUUUACUUGUGUCCUGAAAGACAGUGUUACAGAAACACUGCCAAGAGUGAACAGGACAGGAGCAAUUUCUGGGUAUUCUUUCAAGCAAUGCCCACACCAAAUAAGCGCCUGUAACAAAGACAUUUAUGUGGACCUGGACAUGAAGGGUGUGAACUAUAACAGCUCAGUUGCCAGGAGUGUUCAAGAAUGCCAAGAAAGAUGCACGGAUGACAUCCACUGCCACUUUUUCACGUAUGCCACAAGGCGGUUUCCCAGCCUGGAGCAUCGUAACAGGUGUCUACUGAAGCACUCCCAAACAGGGACACCAACCAGAAUAACGAAGCUCCACAAAGUGGUGUCUGGAUUUUCACUGAAGUCCUGUGCCCUUUCUAAUCUGGCUUGCAUUAGGGACGUUUUCCCUGACACAGCGUUUGCCGACAGCAACAUCGCCAGCGUCAUGACUCCGGAUGCCUUUGUCUGUCGCCGAAUCUGCACUCAUCAUCCCGGUUGCUUGUUUUUUACCUUCUUUUCCCAGGAAUGGCCCAGAGAAUCUCAAAGAAAUCUUUGCCUCCUUAAAACAUCUGAGAGUGGAUUGCCCAGUACACGCAUUAAAAAGAGCAAAGCUCUUUCCGGUUUCAGUCUACAGACCUGCCGGCACAGCAUCCCAGUGUUCUGCCAUUCUUCAUUUUACCAUGACACUAACUUCUUGGGAGAGGAACUGGAUAUUGUCGCUGUGAACGGUCACGAGGCCUGCCAGAAACUGUGCACCGAUGCCGUCCGCUGCCAGUUUUUUACCUACACCCCAGCUCAGGCAUCCUGCAACGAAGGGAAGGGCAAAUGUUACUUAAAGCUUUCUUCAGACGGAUCUCCGACUAAAAUACUGCACAUGAGAGGAGGCAUCUCUGGCUACACAUUAAGGUUGUGUAAAAUGGAUAAUGAGUGUACCACCAAAAUCAAGCCGAGGAUCGUUGGAGGAACUGCGUCUGUUCGUGGCGAGUGGCCAUGGCAGGUGACUCUGCACAUCACCUUACCCACUCAGAGACACCUGUGUGGAGGCUCCAUCAUUGGAAACCAAUGGGUAUUAACAGCUGCUCACUGUUUCUAUGGGGUGGAGUCACCUAAGAUUUUGCGUGUCUACAGUGGCAUUUUAAAUCAAUCUGAAAUAAAAGAGGAUACAUCUUUCUUUGGAGUUCAAGAAAUAAUAAUACACGAUCAAUAUAAAAUGGCAGAAAGUGGGUAUGAUAUUGCCUUGUUGAAACUGGAAACAACAAUGAAUUACACAGAUUCUCAACGACCCAUAUGCCUGCCUUCAAAAGGAGAUAGACAUGUCAUAUACACUGAUUGCUGGGUGACUGGAUGGGGGUACAGAAAAUUAAGAGACAAAAUACAAAAUACUCUCCAGAAAGCCAAGAUACCCUUAGUGGCCAAUGAAGAGUGCCAAAGGAGAUACAGAGGACAUAAAAUAACCCAUAAGAUGAUCUGCGCGGGCUACCGGGAAGGAGGGAAGGACGCUUGCAAGGGAGAUUCGGGCGGCCCCCUGUCCUGCAAACAUGACGAGGUGUGGCACCUGGUAGGCAUCACAAGCUGGGGCGAAGGCUGCGCUCAGAGGGAGCGGCCAGGCAUUUACACCAACGUGGUCGAGUACGUGGACUGGAUUCUGGAGAAAACUCAAGCAGCGUGAACGUGUUCCCAGGGGCCAUUUGAGUCCAUGGAGCACAAGGAUUUGCUGGGAGAGGGUGCUGAUGUCACUGAGGAAGGCUGUGCCAGCCUGCUUCCUCCACAGUAACACCCGGAAGGGGCUCGGUGUUUGCAGGGAAAUGCCAAAAGGAAACCAACUGCCACGAGCUGUCCUUUCCAAAACUGCCGCUCCGCACUCACGUAGCUUGUUUCAGCAUGCGGCCUCCUUGUUUUUGAUCGCACUUCUAUGGAGCCCAGGAAUUACCAUAAAGCACUAUUUCCGAAGAUUAAUAUAUAGAGAGGUAUACCAGAAAAUAGCCAAGUAGUGGCAGCAGGGACCCGAUAGAAGAACUGAUCAAAGAAGCCACCAUAAAUAGAUUUGGUCAAUGGGAAAUGAACACGGGAAGAAAGGAGAACAGAGACAGUCGUCAUCAUUUUGCAGAAUCUACACGCUGCCUGUGUGAACACAUGUCUUUUGUAAAGAAAGAAUUUGAUUGCAUUUAAUGGAAGAUUUUCAGAAUAGUCAGGAAUUCUUAUCAUUUCCGUUUUAAAAUAUAUAUUUUUUUAAAAAUCAGUUUGGGUAGACAGAAGAGUGAAUGUGAAGACACCAGAAUUUCUGCAUGGAAGAGGAUUAUGAGCAGCAAUUUACUUGGAAGUGGUGCCUUAGGACCAAUUCUGAAGAUACCCUUUCCUGAAAAAUGAUUUGUGAUGGACUGUAUAUUUAUUUCAAAUAUUUUGGGAAGGGGAGGCUGAUGUGGAUGGGGAAGCAUGGUCAAGCUCCCUAAGACAAGCUGCUACGGUGACUGUGGGCUCCCAAAGGCCAGACCAUGUGUUUAUUUCACAAACCCCGACAGACUGCAUCCAUACUACAGAGAAAAAGCAAUUUGGGAACAAAUGGAUGGUUACAGUCAAGUCUUCAGCAAGCAGCUCCCUGUAUUCUAAGUACUGAGAUUUUUCUGUUUAGUGCAACUAUUUAUCUGAUUAUUGUUGUGAGCUAUCCAAUAACCUAGAAUUUGAACCGUCACCACAUAGCUUUCAACCUGUGCCAACAAUUCAUCCAAUGUAAAAAAA